AUGAGCGAAGAUUCUCAUUCGGAGCAAUACGCUUUUACAGCGGACAUGAUCCCUCUCGUUGACACGAACUCUGCCGAUAACACGAUGGCGGAUAAUGUGAAAGUCGGUUCCGACAUGUCGCAAGACUACAGGUUUCUCAACGCGGUGGACCUGAAGUUCUCGCAUGCUGAGGAUGACGUUCGGCUUCGUCGUCGCAAUGCCUCGAGCGACGGCGCCACAGUCGUAGGAUUCUCAGAGCAAACAUCAUGGCGUAAUAGUUCGUCUGAUCUGACCCUCGCCGCUGAGGGCAAGCGCGUCACCGAAUCGUUAGUAGAUGUGACACCGCUGGUUGAGUCCUCCUUGCGAUCUCUUAGUAUCGACUCCGAGAAGUCGAGCUGCGCUUUGUACAACUAUUUUGCCAAAGCCGGCGCUGACGGGUGCUCUGGCUUAUCUUCGUGGAACUCCAAUAGGACGGAAUCUCUGGGUUUUGGGCGUUACCGCGACGUGAUGGGCGAUUCAGCGAAUCUGCGCAGCCCUUCUGCCUCGUUAGAGAAGGAGCUUAUACAAAUGGUAGAGUCAGCAUGGAAGUCAGCCGCACCAAAGCGUGAGGCGGCUCCUGUCUUCCAGAGCAAAAACAAGAACGUGUUUCUUAAGAUCCUUGCGACCCAACUGGUAUCUGGUACCAUCAUCGGUCGAGGUGGCAAAGGGUUCAACUGGUUCAGGCGCAAAAGCAAAAUCGACGAUAUAUUGUUGUCCAUGCCCUGGGAGCUUUACCCCAAGACGGAUUUGCGUACCAUGUUUUUAGAAGGAUCAACGUCGGCGGUUGUUAAGGCCACUUGCAUUAUUGCCGACCUCAUGCUUUCGAAGUAUGCUGCCCAACACUCGGCGACCGUUACUCAAUCUGACAGGAUGUUGGUUCUUGUUGUGCUCCCACUUUUUGCGAAAGCAGCCAUGGAGCGCAUACGCGAUACCUCCGAUGCUGAUAUCAUUUCAAUUACACUCUUCCAAAGCACCGACGAACACGAUGAGGUUGUCGCCGUUGUUAAAGGUGUAAAGUCCAAGGUCAAGGCUUUGAUCGGCGCCAUCGCGAACUCCAUUGCGGAGACGAUCGACCUUCAGGACUACUGUCACGUGUCAUACCCCGGUCCUGACGGGUUCAACCCCAAGAUGCUGCCUAAAAACAGGGCGGCACAACGAAACGCUAUGCGUGGAAACGGACCGCCUGUUGAUGUUGUUGACACUGCUCCCAAGAAACCCGAGGAGAAUUCCGAGACUUCCUUGGAAAUGCCCGAGCCGUCUAACCAGCUGCACCAGGGCACCGACUCGGAGACUCAGACGGAAACAUGUCCCGUAGACCUCAGCGAGACGGUGCACACGAUGGCGGAAGCGGGCUACGAAGCCCCGCGCGACACCGAGAUUAAGUUCAACAUGGCUACUGCAGCUGUUGUCGCAGAGAGCAAUCCUACAAUCAACAGCUACCCAAUCAACCUCAACAUCCUCGUUCCCGCGGCGAAGGCGGCAGACGCAAUGUCUAUCACGAGUGCCUCCAAGUGCUACGUCACGACUACACCCGCAGACGACCCUAACACGCUCGUCUUCAGCCUCAGUGGUACCUUCGAGGAGACUGUGGCUGUUGUUUCUCUCAUCAUGUCGGUCAUGUAA